AUGGCUGCUAACAUCACCACAGAGUACAAGAUGAAUAAUAAGGUCAUGUUGAUUCAGGUCAUCGUCGUCCUCUUUCUCUGCAUUAACCUUCUGCUAAUUACGACCUUUUUCACCAAGGAGGUCUUCUACACCACCAUGCGCUACGUCUUAUUUGCUGUCACACUAAUGUCCGACUGUCUGUUUUUAUUCCUGGCUGUCAUUUUAAAUUACUCUCGGUAUACGAUACAAAUGUGGUUGUGCCUUAUUAUUUAUAUAAUUUCGUCGCUGUACAUGUUUGUGACACCGGUCACUCUGACGGCGAUGACCCUGGAGCGCUACGUGGCCAUUUGCCUGCCGCUGCGUCAUGCAGAGCUGUGCUCCCCACGCAGCACUCUGCACGGCAUCCUCAUCAUCCACAGCCUCAGCUCUCUGCCCUGUAUCGUUUUUCUCUCCAUCUUCUUUGCAUCGGCCUCCUACAGCUCCUACACCCAGGUCAGAAUAUGCACUUUGGAAAUCUUCAUCAUCCACACGUGGCAGGGUCACCUCACGUCAGCCAUUAAUCAGUUUUACUUCCUGAUCAUGUGCAUCACAAUCGUGUUUUCCUAUGUGAAGAUAAUGAGAGCGGCCAAAGCUGCAUCAGGAGAGGACAAACAGUCCACAUGGAGAGGACUCAGAACUGUGGGGCUUCACGCUUUGCAGCUGCUCCUGUGUCUCAUCCAGCUGUGGUGUCCUUUCAUAGAAUCUGCUGUGCUUCAAAUCAAUCUCAUGUUAUUUAUCAAGGUCAGGUUCUUUAAUUACAUUACUUUCAUUCUUGCUCCAAGAUGUCUGUCUCCUCUCAUUUAUGGCCUCAGGGAUGAAAUGUUUUUUAAUGCCCUGAAAAAAUUAGCUCUCUGUGGUUUGCGUAAGAAACACUGA